AUGAGCGUACACAGAACACCCGCGACCUCAGGCGCGAUCAGGAAGCUCGCCACCACCACCCCCAGUCCGACCACCACAUCCGCAGCAGCGCAGGACGCUGCGAAGACGUUCAUAAAGAGACCGAACGUAAAGCGAAGGUCGCUUACGAAUAUGGAGAUCUACAGCAAACGUAGGACAGCUUACGUAGACGUGCCAAACGACGAGCUCCUCCGGGAACUGAUGAUGUCCUUUGAGGAGAUACCCGUUAGGGUCCAGGAGUACCCUUCAAUGAGGAGGGACAUCAAGCAGUUCCUGGAGGAAAAAUCGGACAGAGGCUUGGUUUGUCUCUUCGAACUCAGCAGGAGGGUCAAGGAGAUGGAGGUGAAAAACUCGAAGGAAAGGACGCCAGUAAAAGCUCAGCCGUCGUCGGAGGGCCACGACGACAUACUGAAGAGGCUGGGGGAGAUGGAGGCGACACUGACUGAACGAAUAGACGAAAUGGAGAAGACAUUGCAGUCAGACAUGCAAGGACUGGACGUCUGUGCAGGCGAGCGAAGCUCAAGCAUGCAAGAGGAAAUCCUUGAGAGGCUAAACUAUGUGGGCCGCAGUGUAUGUGACAACAUGAAGUCUCUCGACACCAUCAACGAGGACCGAAAUACCGGCUUGCUCGGCGGGAUCGGCGACAGGCUCGAGGAGACCAAGGCGGCCAUGGACCAGAAGACCGAACAGGUCGGGGGUCAAACGCGCGUCCCUCCUCGAGGAUCUUGUCGGGGGUAUCGCCGGACAGGUCGCUGCAGCAAAGGAAGAGAUUCUGGAAGCCGCAAGAGGACUGAUAUGUACAGGCCCAGUCCAAGUCCCGGACCGGAGAUCAUACGCCAGUGUCACAGCAGCCAAACCCCCUCACCGCCCCGCACUCCACUCAAUAGCGGUAACCCUGGAAGGAGGCCUGGAGACCGCUGA